AGAAAACUGGAUCCUGUGAAUGCGAUGGCAGCCAAGAAGAACAUUGAGAGUAUGAGAAGUAUUCUUCAGGGGAGAAAAUAUGUGUCUUCCAGGGAAGGGGUGCCUUGAAAACUCAAAGGAUAUUUGGGGGGCCUUAACACGGAGAAUCACAGGUCACUUAAAGCGCAGAAGGUGAAACAACUCUUCAAGGAGUUGUUAUUCCCUUGUAACAGAUGUGUUUUAUUUGAAUAUAGAUGUUCUCAAACCUAAUUUGUAGUUUUAAGAUAUAUUGCAUCUUUUAGUUUUUGACAAAGAAAUGCUCUUUAAGACUAUUAAAAACUAUAUUACUUACCUUGCUAGACAAAAAGAUAAUCUAUCUGACCUACAAAUAUAUUUAAUGUCUAAAAUAAUAUUAUUUGUUUUUUUUCUGUUUCAAAAUUAGUAUAGAAUAUACAAACAAGUGAUAGCUAAUCCUUUAGAGCAUUACUCACCAUUAUAGUUAGAAAAGUAUAAGUGUGUGGAGGUAUAACAGUGCCAAAUGACCUCAAUGCAAAAUGGCAUGUUGAAUUAGUAAAAACGUAAUAAAAACAUAGUACAAUAACAAUGCUUGAAUAUUUGCAAUGUCUGCAUUGCAAUUUGAUGCUUGAAAAUGUUUAUUGUUGAAUUUGGUUGAUAAAAUACCAUCUUCAUUAUUCUGCAGGUACAAUGUAUUUCAACCUUGCAAAUUCAGGUUUAAAUUCAGCUUCAAAUGCUGUCUUAAUAUUCACCUUCCGGGUAUCACAGAAAGAGCAACAAAUUGCCAAGAAAAUAACUGAAAGUGGCUUGAACCGUAAAUUUGAACUUAGAGCUUGGUUCAUCUUGUGGCUUCCACUGUCUGACAAUCUCAUCCCUACCACUCCCAUAACCACCAGAGCUUGGAGCAUGCUCUGCCUCCAAGCGUAUGUGUAAGUGUGUCUGCAAUCCAUUGCUCUUCCUUUUCUGGCAUGUUCAAUUUAAUAUUACUUGCCAAAUAAUUAAGAUAGUAAUUUAACAAAUUCAACAACAGAACUAUUUCUAGCAUUAGAUGCAUGCAAUGCAGAAAAAUCAAAGCAUUGUUUUUGGGUUACGUUUUAUUAAAUUAAUGGAAUUCAACAUGCCAUUUGCAUUGAGGACACUUGGCAAUAUAAUACUUGAACAUAAGCAUCAUUAAUACUUUUGUUUUGUUGGUUUUCUCCAAUCAAAUAUAGAAAAUACAACACACAACAUGAGCGGUUUGUAAUCUAGCAAAUAUACAUUGACAAUGCAAGUGUCAACAUUUGUUCUGUUUCUGGAAAAAUGCUAUGUUUGUAUUUCAUUUGUUUUUAAUUAAUUUAAGCCUGGAUUUACUUGCUUCACCAUGUCCUGGACAGGCCUACAGCUGCUACUUACCGACUUCAUCCUGGAACCAUCUGAGCCAUAUUGGACAAAUAGGGUCCAAAUUGAUUCAUUAUUUAUAUCCCUUUGCUCCAUGACCUGGCCACCUCUGAUACUUCUGAUUAGAUUAUUAAAUGCACACGUACAGUAAGAGUUAUUUUUUGUCUACAGGCCAGGACCAGCUUAUUUGUUUCAUCAAUGACAUUUCCUGUAAAUCAACUACAAACCAUGUUUCCCAAUUAAAAUGAACUCAUGCUAACAUGGAACAUUUGCAUCUAUUUAAAUUAAUAUUCUACUUUAAAAUAUGUCAAAGGAAUAUUGCAUAUUUAUUCUAAGAUGUUCUGUUUUAUUUAUCUUCUUUUUUUCCCUAUUUCAUACAUCUAACCAUACCUUUACUACUGUGUGAUGAUUUCUUGGUCGUGUUUGACUUGGAUUUUUUUUUUUUGUCAGGCCAUAGACUUUUUCGACUAAAGUACAAAGGGUUUUUAUAAAUAAAGUUCACUAACUUUCUUUCAGCAAACAUGUCGUGGUGUACUUACUCUAUCGGCCACCAUAUGUCGCAAUCGAGAAAAUGUUUUGCCAUUUGUAAAGUACAUUGGUUAGAUGGUUCGGUCACGUGACCAAAACAGGAAGUGUAAUGGGGUACUCGUAAAGUACUUCUAGGUUGUUUUUGUAUUCGUUUCUUGAACCUAAAAGUUACCUUCGUCAAAGGGCCAUCCAUUUAUAAAGAAACAUGCCACCGAAAGACCCGUGUCAAAAGCAAGCAUGUGCAAUUCAAACGUGUUUGCAAGCAAACAAAUAUGUCGAAAGUAUGUGUGAGGAUGUGCUAAGGGAAAUGCGUCGAUGCUGCCAGAGUCUGUCUGCCGACCGUGUGUCCGUUUGUUGCAGCGGGUUUUCAAGAGACCAGAAUAUAACAAAGAAUCAAACGACUACUUUAUAAGAAUUAUGUAGAUGUCAUUGCAUUUUAUAUUACAAUACGAUCGAUGUAAUCAUGUAUUUAUGUUAUUACAUUUAUUUGGAGGAGAUAAUUUUUUGGUUUGUGUACCUAAACGAAUAAACGUGCAAGCAAGCACUGGUUGUAGCCUA